AUGGCAGAUAUUUCGUGGACUGAAGGAGUCUCCAGCGAGACAGUUGCCAAUGCCAGUUCAGAAUUCAGUUUGGAAGCAGACUUCCAGUAUUCCCUGUUUACUGUCAUCUACAGCAUUGUCUUCGUGCUGGGACUGGUAGAAAAUGUCUUGGCUCUGUACCUCCUGUCCUGCAAAGUAAAGCACACUUCUCAUUCCUAUGUAUACCUCAUUAAUCUAGCUCUGGCAGACACCUUGUUUGUUUGUGUGUUGCCAUUUAAAAUCCAUUACCACCUGAAUCGGAACAAUUGGAUCUUUGGUGACAUGGCUUGUAGGAUAACUGGGACUUUGUACUAUAUCAACAUCUAUCUCAGCAUUGCCUUUUUCACCUGCAUUUGUGUCGAUCGUUACAUUGCAGUGUUGCACCCCUUCACGUACAUCCAGAUCAAAGUCAUCCAUUAUGUGAUGGUGGUCACAAUCCUUUGGGUGGUUGCUCUAAGUGUCAUGGUUCCGCUUAUCCUUGGAGGUCCCCUCCACAACAGUGGUGUGAGGAACAUGACAGCAUGUUUUGAGAACUUUGCUACGAGUAGCUGGACUUAUCGCAUGGCACCUUACAACAUCCUGGCCUUAGUUUUUGGGUUUGUGAUCCCAUUUUCCAUCAUUCUAAUCAGCUAUCCUCUCAUUGCUAAGAGGAUCUCCCAGAUCAAACACAGCAUUCGCAAGAGGAAGGCCCUGAGCACUAUCUACAUCAUCGUGGUCAUUUGUAUUUUGUGCUUUCUCCCGUACCAUCUCACUCACUUGCUCCACUUUUUAAUGAGAAUCCAGGUCAUCCAGAAUGAGUCAUUUACCAGCUUGAUCUACAAAAUGCGAAGAGUCACCUUAGCCCUAGUGAGCUUCAACUGUUGCCUUAACCCACUCUUGUACUACUUCACCUCUUCCAGCAAGCAUUGGUACUUCAACUUCAAGCUCAGAUUCAGGUCUAAAAUGGUGUACACCAUCUGUGACCAGAAAUGUGGGGAGUUGUCCUAUGUUCAUAAACUACAACAGAGACAUGGAAAUAAAAAAGACAGAGAUGGAAUCAACUGAUCUACUUAAAAACCACACAGCUUCUGAAAACUGCUGAGUUUCCCACCCUGUGAAACAUGAGACUUUGGAGAGAAAUUAUCAUUUGUGGGUUAUCAGAGUCACCAGAAAACCACUGGCCUGGCUGAUAAACUGCUUAAAAGCCAAGGGUUUACUUA